AUGGGCAUUAUGAAUGAAUUGGAUAUGGGCUCCUCUCUCGGUGAAGAAAUGAAAGCUUUUAAGAAGAAACUGGCCGAAGUUCGUGCCUCACCGCCAUGGAUGAGACCGGUGAUGAAGAGAGCAUCAGAAUGGAAUCCCUACUCAUUUGAAGGAGGGAGUACAGCAGCAAUUGCUGGCGAUAAUUUUGCGAUCGUGGCAAGUGAUACGCGCAUGUCACAAUUUGAAGUCAACAUUUUGACUCGAGAUGCUGAAAAGAUCCAUGUCUUGAAUGAUUCAAUUGUACUUUCAUGUGCCGGAUUUUACGGCGAUGUUCUGCAACUGAAGCGAUUGUUAGAGGCUCGCCUACACAAAUAUCGGUUCGAUUAUCGUGGAGAUAUGACCGUAGAUUUAUGUGCUGAGUUACUCUCACGAAAUUUAUAUUACCGACGUUUUUUUCCGUAUUACACUGGUGCAAUAUUAGCCGGCAUUGAUGAGAACGGCAAAGGAGCUGUGUUUAGCUAUGAUCCCGUAGGGUGCAUUGAACGCAUAGCGUAUACUGCUUCCGGUAGUGCUGAACCAAUGAUUAUGCCGUUCUUCGAUUGUCAGAUUGGUUUGGUGACAAUGUCGGAUAAUGUGGAGAAGCCGAGCUUGACGAUUGAGCGAGCCACUUCACUUAUAAAAGAUGCUUUUCGUGUAGCAGCAGAACGUGAAGUAAGCACGGGAGAUAAGAUACACUUAGUGAUUGCGGAAGCAGGCAAACCAAUUCGCAAGAUGCAUUUACCUCUUCGCGAAGAUUAA